AUGAACGGACUUUCUCAUAUUGGAACUGCAUCAUCCCUAGUGAGCGGUGCGGAAGCUCUGCUCCGGCAAGGGAACCUCGAAGAAGCCACGCAGAACAUUUAUGACGCGGACUGCAUUUUGAAGCUGGUAGGCGGGAUGCGUUCUCUAGAAAUUCGCAUCAAAUGGAGCCUUGCACGUCUUUCCGCAUGCAGGAGUGAUUAUGUUCGGGCAAUCAGCCGGUAUGAGAACCUGAUUGAGGAACAUCAAAAGAAUUUCGGCAUCGACUAUAAAAGGCUCAGAACGCUUAACUGUGAACUGGGCGAUGUAUACCGAGACCUUGGGGAUAUGCGGAAGGCAGAAUAUUACUACAAAGCUGGCUUUGCUACUGCAAGCCGAAAGACCAAAUUGUUGACUGACACGGUCAAUGUAUCAGCAUGGCUUGUGUACGGAUCGCUGACAAGGUUUUAG